CAGCACUGAAGUGCAUCUACCUUUGGGGGGAAAAGUGAAAACUGUUCAAGAACACAGCACAACAGUUUAGGAAGGAAAGUGAAGAAUACUGUAAAACCGCAGGGGGAAUGUUAGGUAGAUACAAGGCAAGUCCAGAGGUGGUCAUUGAGUCAGGACACCUAGCUUAAAACCUCUGACUCUUGGAAAGUGCCAUGGAAUCUUUAAUGGACAUCGUCGGUCAGAACCUCCGUUUGACAUCCUCACACAAAAAGCAGCACCUCCAGAAAAGAUGCCCUGAUCACCAAGGACUUGUUUUAAUGGAUAUGUCCCAGAAGGAUCCCUGCCAGAAACAAGCCUGUGAAAUACAGAAAUGCUUGCAAGCCAACAACUACAUGGAGUCUAAGUGUGAGGCUGUCAUCCAAGAGUUGCGUAGGUGCUGUGCUCAGUACCCCAAAGGGAGAUCUGUUGUCUGUUCAGGAUUUGAGAAGGAAGAUGAAGAAAGGCAGAAGCUUAAAUCUGCAUCCAAAUGAAUUUCUGCUCCAUGUUUUUCAUCCAGGAGAUUUUAUUUGGUCUCCUGAACAGGUUUUCUCAGGUAGUCAACAAAAGCCAAAUGGAAAUUCACUUAUAGGUUUAGUCAAUAGAUAUGCCACUUAGGCAAAAGAAUAGAAAGAUAGAAAAAGAAAUCUAGUCUGAAACAACUUAUUAAAAGCAAAAAUGUUUUUGU